UAAGUGCACACAUGCGUGAGUGUGAGCGCUUGUGUGUGUUCUCCAUUUGCGGACAUGCUGUUUAGUGUGUCGUAAAGAAGACAAUGAGAAACCUCUUAUUGUCUUGGUGGAAUGUGGCAGAAAACAACGGGGAAAGUAUGUCAUCGCCCCGAGUGCUUGGCACCAAUGUCCAGUCAGCUUGCGCUGUGACACAACACAGAAUGAGAGAGACAGGUAAACAAAAUGACAAAGAAAGAGAGAUGUGACGGUUACCAGUCCUGCACUGCAGCCAAAGCAAAUGAGGAUGGUGUGUGUGUGUUUCAGAAUUAAGCUUGCUAAAAUUUCACUUUCUAAAGCUGAAAGAUGAAUGAAAGUCUGCUGUUCAGGAUACAAGAGGAUUACGUUUGGAAAUUUGAUGAUGUUGAUUCAAAAGUUUGAAUCAAGGAUUGGAAGCAUGCACUGAGGAAAGCAAACCGUCAGACGACCCUUGAGAUGGAGCUUCUCCCUCUAAGUGUGAUGAGUCCUGGAGCUCACCUUCAUCUACAAGCAGACCCUUCAUGGCUCCAGCGCCAAGCCGUGGAGGACCAGGUGGAACUGUGGUGGUUCAAAAAGCCGCACGUCUCUCUUGUGUGCUACUGCUUUUCAGUGGCCAUGGUUCUGAGCCUGGGCUCGGCUGGCGUGGGGCUCCUCUCGACCGCCUCUUCUGCUGUUGGGGCCUCGGUGCUGUGGCGCUUGGGCGUAGGAUCUACUCUCUGUCUCCUGGCUCUGGUGGUCCUCAUGAAGCAGCUGCUCAGCUCUGCUGUGCAAGACAUGGGCUGCAUACACAGCCGCAGACGCAUCGAGCAGCUGCGGAGUGGAGGAACGGCAGAUCCCGUGCUGUUGCUCUUCACUGGCCUGGCGCUGGUGGUCUGUGGGACUACGCUUCUCAGUCUCACUAAGUCAGACAUGCUGCUUUCUGGUGUGACCCUCCUGGCCAGUGGGGGCGCUGUGGUGCUAGGUGUGAUGGCAUAUGGGGUGAUAGUUUAUGUGCAGGGAAAGAGAAAUGCGAGAAGGCGAAGACGACGGAGGCGGAGAGUGUAUACAGUGACGGGACAAAGGAACCAUCCAUGGAGGGAUUCAACAUCCAGUCACACUAAUUUGUUAUGAGAGAUAAAUUGGGAAUUCCUUCUGCCCCUGGUUCCUACGUGAUGAUAAAACGUAUUUGCACAUAUUGUUCUGUUAAUUACUCCUGCAAAAUAAAUGGCAUCAUGUAUUCCCUGCAGUUUGUCUAGAAAACAUCGUUGACAAUCAAACACCUCCAAAGCAAAUAAUAGCAUUGCCAUUUCUUGCUUAAUGUGUAUUUUCUGAGCGCCAGGCAAUGGAACGCUCUUAGUUGGAAGUCAAAGACAAGUCGGAAUAUCCCAUAUCCAUAUGGAAGAAUUCUUUAUGGAAACCAGUAUGUGCAGUAUUACAAUAAAGCAGACGCCUUUGAAUACUGCAUCCCAAAAUGCAAUGCAUUCAAUUUCACCGUCCAUCAGAUGAAUUCUGCCCUACUUCUUGCACUAUUGGGUGGCAAAAAAGUAAGUGUAUGUUGUUGUUCACAUGAAGUGUGUCAUUCCACACAGCUGUCUCAGUCCAAAUAACACCAAAAAUCAUCAGCUAUUUCUUCACACGUUCGAGAGUAGAAAUGAAACAUGCACACUUUGCUGAAUAAAUCUAUGAAAACGAUACACAGUUCUAAAAUAUUAGAGGUAGCCGACAUGUGAUGUAGUUUAGCUGUAAAGUAAAUUGUGAUGCACUCUUCAUAAUUAUGUUAAUUCACAUGAACUAAAUAGCUACAUUCUAAUCAAAUUUUAUGCUACGCAGUUAUUGUAAAAUCUAUGUAGGCUACAUAAGCAUCUUUGUUCUAAGUAUGGAAACGACAGAGGUUGCAUCCUACUUAUUUUAAAUAAGCAAUUACUUCAAGACCGCUAAAAAAGUAUGUUUGUGUGUAGUGUAAUCUGGACGUAUUCGCCAUGUUGUCAUUAUCAUGUGACCUAUCGUUACAUACGUCACUUAUUCACCGUCAUUCAUAAAUCCUCUCCCUUGUCCUCAUGGGAUAAUAAAGUGUCCAUCAGAAUCUCGCCGUAGCAUGUCCUCUGCUCUGGGUAAUUUUUGCCUACACUUUUAUACUGUGAAUACUGUGAAUUCAGACACUUUGGUCACAUUCUGUUUUCCCCCAGAAGUAUUGAUUUCGGAUGCAACCAGUGUCUUUUUUCAUGUCUGAAGUGCCUAUUGCAUACUUCAUUGAAAAAAAAUGUAUUUGCCACAUUGGCAAAUAAAGAUCGAAUGGUAAACAGUUAUUAUGGAUGGGUCAAUUGCAUAAAUUGGAAGUGUGUGCUGUCAUGUGAUUUUUGUGAUUAUAAGAAAACAAAUAUAAGUGCUGCAAAAAAGAUAGAACGAAAUAAAAAGACUGAAUGGAAGGCAGGAUUGGAAUAACUGGAUAAUAUAACAUCUGACCAAACGUGCAGAGCACACUCAUUGGAAUAUCCCAGAAUGCAAUGUGUUUGGAUUUCCCUUCCAUUUCCAAUCUGAUGAAUGUACUGGCACACUACUCAUACUAUUUAUGUGGCAAAAUGCCUGUCCUAUUCUGAAUUCAUCCUCUGUCUUGACUUGAAGUGAUGCUGUAAUUUCUACUGUCUAUCUGCGUCUGUCAUUUCACACAGUUGCCUACAGAUGGUGCAAAAAGCUAAAAGUCUAAACUUAAGUCUAUUUACAUAGUCUGUAUUUAUAUUUCUUUUCCAGACUAGCUGUUCAUUGAACCAACUCACAAUUGUUAAAUGACUAAUGUUACGACUAAUUACACAAAUUUUAUGUUAUAUUAGGCCUAAUUUAGAACUGCCUUUAUUGUGAAAUAUAUGUACAUAUAAAGCAUUGUAAGCAUCUUUUUUUCCAUUAAGUGUGGGAAUGACAGUAUCUUUUUAUUUUUUCAUUUGAUGAAUUGAAAACAAGUUAGCUACCUUUCUUCUACUUCUUCUUUUUAAACAAGAGAUUUUUAAAGGAACAUCUUGAAAAUAAAACAAACAGUGAAGAAUGAGCUAAAUAAUUGUAAGGUAAACAAUUAUUAUGUGUGGAUUAAUUAGAUAAGUUUGAGGUGUUGAGCUGUUGUUUGAACCGUGUGUGAUCUUAACAAAACAAAUCAUUGGGUAUUCACUUGAAUAUGAAAAGUUAAGAUUAUUCAACAGAAUUUGUGGCAAAACUUAAUGUUAAUUUCCACUAAACAUAUAUUUAUUAUAAUUAUUAUUAUUUUUUUAAAUGAGGUACUUACAAUGGAAGUGGAUGUAGACAUUUUUUUUUAGAAAUGGGAAGCUUAUGCUUUUAUAAAAGCACAUGUUUAUUCUUCUGUUAAAACCUGUGUAUUAUAUGAAGCUGUGUAAACCAUCAUGUUUACAGUCAUUUUCAGGGUUUCAUGUGUUAUGUGUUGCAAUGAUGACCACCGGUCUCAUGAGAUAACUUAACUCUCUAUUGAACUAAUUAUGAAAUCACAGCUAGAAAAAAAUAAAAGACUUUAUAUUAAAGGCUAAAAUCAUUUUCCAAAAUUAGUUUUCUGUCCAUUAACUUUAUUUUUUAUUUUUUUAGGUGCCGUCAUUUAUUACUGACUUUGUCCAAUGGGAUAAAUUAUUCUAGGUAAAUUGUCUGGAACUUUACACACAUUCAAAUGCAUUUUCACAAUCUAAAAAGUAGUGAAAAGGCCUUAGUUAAAAAAAAAUAAUAAUAAUAAAAUUUUUAAAAAAAGCUUUAUUGAUAUUCUUGUGCUUCAAUAUUUAAUUCAGAUCUCACAUGUGAAAAUGUCAAAAACUUGACACAAAUUCAGUGCCUUGUAAAGUAUAAAACCAUAUCUUGGAGUUUCAAAAAGCAUUAACUCUUAAACGCCUACCUCGGGUCUUUAGUGACCCGGGACGUCAUUCACUUCCCUCUUCAAUUAUUUUUUUUUUAAAAGUUAGACAUCAACUGUCUUAGUAUUCCUCAAUCAAUUCAUUAUGAACAAUACAACAAGAAAAAAAAAUGUAAAAGAAUACCUGUUUUCCCAAACAUUUUUUAUAAAAAAUGGUAUGUCACUAAUGACCCAAGGUGUAACAGCAUAUUUUUUUCUGCUCAACAAUAAUUGAAUCUUCAAUGACUGAAUAAGUCCAAUUCACCUUUAUUCCAAAGGUGGCAAUGUACGAUACAUGAUGAUGGAGUGACAUAGUUCCCACAGGCAGAAAACAAAAGAAUAGGAAAUAUCAUCAGCAAAUGUUUUGGAUUAUUUGCUUGUCACUGAAGAGAGGCCAAUAUUGGAUCACAACUUCCAAUCUGG